AUGCAGCAGAGCAUGCUGGCAGAUGGAGGGUAUGGAUGGGUCUCGUGUCCCUCUAUAUGCAGCAGCAGCACCAACUGCAGCAGCAGCAGCAGCAGCAGCAGCAACUGCAGCAGCAGCAGCACAUGCUGCCGCAGCAGCAGCUACUGCGCUAUCGAUGGCGCUUAUGGGUUCGUCAGGGAGUACUCGCCCGAGGCCCCCGUUGCAGCAGCAGCAGCAGCAGCAGCAGAGCAGCAGCAGCAGCAGCGGCAGCAGCAGCAACGGCAGCCUCACCGCAUCCCCUACAUGCACGGAGCCCCCUGCCACUGGGCCUACUAUGAGGUGGUGGAGCCGCAGCAGCAGCAGCAGCAGCAGCAGCAGCAGCACCACAGGAAGCUAAACGGCCACCCACGUUUGUGGGUAGCUGCUGAUGCCUCACACGAGGUGCAGCAGCAGCAGAUGCUGCUGCAGCAGCAGCACGAGGUGGUGGAGCCGCAGCAGCAGCAGCAGCAGCAGCAGCAGCAGCAGCACCACAGGAAGCUAAACGGCCACCCCCGUUUGUGGGUAGCUGCUGAUGCCUCACACGAGGUGCAGCAGCAGCAGAUGCUGCUGCAGCAGCAGCAGCUGCAGAAGCUGCUGCAGCUGCAGCAGCAACGCGUAGAAGAACUCAUUAGCCCUCCCAGCAGCCCCCAUGGUGCAGCAGCAGCAGCAGAAGCAGCAACAACAACAGCAGCAGCAGCAGCAGCUGCUGCUGCAGGAACAAAAGACAAUUCGGAGGUCGCUGCUGCAACAGCAGCAGCAGCAGCAGCAACUGUAGCAGCAGCAGAUCCCUCAGCAGCAGCAGCAGCAGCAGCAGAAACAUCAUCAGCAGCAAACGUGUCAGGGGCAGCAGCAGACCGAUUACAGCCACCAGCAUCAGCAGGAACAGCAGCAACAGCAACAGCAGCAGCAGCAGCAGCACCAGACAGCAGCAGCCCGUGCCCAGCCAACACCAUCAGCAGCAAACGUUUCAGGAGCAGCAGCCGACCGAUUGCAGCAACCAGCAGCAGCAGCAACAGCAGCAACAGCAACAGCAGCAGCAGCAGCAGCACCAGACAGCAGCAGCCCGUGCCCAGCCAACAGAACUGA